UUUAAUAAUAAUGGAAUCGAAUUCAAAUGACACUGGAUGUCGCAGUAAAUCUGAAAAUGCAGUGUCUCCAGAAAUUAGUAAAAAAUGGUUAGAACUGAGCUACAAAGUUUACGAACGAAUGAUUAAUUCAUCGGAAGUAUCAUUUUUUAUUUCUUCUUCUCAAAUUAUCUCCUCAUUGGGCUUCAUUUUGGGUGCCUGUAAUAAUGAAGAAACACAAGGAAUUGUCAAUUAUUUUGGUGAACAUAAAGAUAAUCUUAUUGAUCACACUCUGAGAUAUGUGCACAGAUUGAGUGCGGAUACUCGAACUCUAUUGAUACCUGGACAAUAUCACAGAGCACGACGUGUAUAUGCACAUCAGAGUUAUGUGAAUCCACAUAAUGAAAAUACAGUUCAGUUUUUCCGUUUGUUUCGUGUCGAGGAAAAGGUGUUUGAAGGAUUCGGAGAAGUCAGAAGAUGGGCCACGAGGAAUUUAGAGACGGAAUUCGCCAAGUCACAAAAGGUCCUGUCUAUGUGGUCACGUGAUCUGUCGCAUUUAGAUCGGAUGAAACAACAAAAAAUAGUGGAUGAGCUCAGUUCCAAAGCACAAUCGUCGGGAAAUUGCAGAAAACAAAAAAAGGAUGAAGCAUGUCAAACUGGAAAUAAUAAAGCAUCUGCAUCACUGAUUCCUGUAUUAUCAUCACCAGUUCCAAAACAUGGAAUUAAUUAUAAAGAUCCAAAUGAAGAUGAGAAAAAGGCACCGAUACUUGUGUGGAUAAAUCAUGCAGUUGUUGAGAUGCCUGAUGAGUACUUUGAUGGUGAACAUGUUUACACGUGGAAUCACUUGGAAUAUGUGAGAGUUCAUGGAUCUGUUGCAGAGCCCAUUAAGAUUCAUCGAGGAAAAUUUGAAUUCAACACUGUAAUGGUUCCUGCUCAAAAUCGACAACUUUUGAUGCUCGUUUUUUAUGGUUAUAAGUCGGGAUUAUGCUCUCUAGAAGUCAUGCGAAAAUUCGUUUCAAACUAUUAUGAUUCGAGUUGUCCAUGUAUUGUUCGAAAAGCGAAUGAUAAUAAUACCUCGCCGAAAAUGUCAAUCUAUCUGCCACAUUGGAAGACUAAAGAUUUCCCAUCGAGUAGGAUUUCACAGCAUUUGGUGGCUACGAUGAAUCUAAAUUCAUUGUUUGUUGCUGGAGGUUUCGGUGAUUUAGCUGUAGAAGAUGCUGUUCCAUCGGCAACUGGUGAUCCCAAAAAAGUCAGUCAUCUCCAACACUUUGGGCUUCUAUCAUUCAGAAAUUCUCCGAAAAAGACUUAUUUGAGAACACCAGAGGAAAAAACAUUGCUCGGCAAAAAGUCUCGUCAGUCCCGAAACAAGAAGCAAAAGAGAACUAACAAACCUGUGAAAAUUCCGAUGAAUGAAAAGAAUGCAAAUCAAGUCGAAUUGGUGCAGUACCCAAUAUGCGUUGUUCUUUGGGAUCGCCAGCAUGAAAUUCCAGUGUAUAUGGGAAAAGUAACUGGCGAGAAGACAGAGCAGGAAAUCGAAGAGAUGAAACUUAAGGAAACUGAGAAAAGGCAGAAGAAUUGGGUUUGUUGUUGAAUCCAACCGCGACUGUUCAAAUUAAAAAUAAUUGCUUUUUUAAUUAUUGAUUCCAAUUUUACCAUAUGAAUAAAGUAUUGAAUAACAA